GCUUCCACAACAGCCGACCAGCGGUGACGAGACAAGCACAGUCGCCGUGGAAAUCGGGCAGCGAUGGCGUCGCUUCUCCAGCCGGAUAGAGUCGUCUAUCUGGUUCGCGGAGAGAAAAAGAUCCGGGCUCCUCUCUCUCAACUGUAUUACUGUCGUUAUUGCAGUGAGCUACGAUCCCUAGAAUGUGUGUCUCACGAGGUGGACUCCCAUUAUUGUCCAAGCUGCUUGGAAAACAUGCCAUCUGCAGAAGCCAAGCUGAAAAAGAACAGGUGUGCCAACUGCUUCGACUGCCCAUGUUGCAUGCACACCCUGUCGACUCGGGCCACCAACAUCCCGGCUCCUCUGCCCGAUGACCCCACCAAGACGACAAUGAAAAAAGCAUACUACCUGGCCUGUGGCUUCUGCCGCUGGACCUCCAGGGAUGUAGGAAUGGCUGACAAGUCAGUGGCCAGCGGCGGGUGGCAAGAGCCUGAGAACUGCCAUAAUCAGCGAAUCAACAAGCUGAUUGAGUAUUACCAGCAAUUGGCUCACAGAGAGAAGCAGGAGCGAGACAGGAAGAAGCUGGCCAGGAGAAGACAGUGCAUGCCUCUCGCUUUCUCGCAACACACUAUUCAUGUGGUGGAAAAAUAUGGCCUUGGAACACGACUGCAGCGGCAGAGGUCCGGAGCGCCCAUUUCCACUCUGGCCGGUCUUUCCCUUAAAGAGGGGGAGGACCAGCGAGAGAUCACCAUCGAGCAUGCCCAGGCUGUUGACGAGGUGGAGCCUCUGCCUGAAGAUUGCUACACAAGGCCCAUCUGCUUGCCAGAGGUGACCCGGUUGCGCCAGCGCCUCCUCCAGCCGGACUUCCAGCCCGCAGGAGCCUCGCAGCUGCACCCGCGGCACAAACAUCUGCUAAUGAAGCGCUCGCUGCGCUGCAGGAAAUGCGAGCACAACCUGAGCAAACCCGAAUUCAAUCCAACUUCAAUCAAGUUUAAGAUUCAACUGGUUGCUGUGAGCUACAUCCCUGAAGUGAGAAUUAUGUCCAUUCCAAAUCUGCGCCACUUGAAGGAGAGUCAAGUGCUGCUGACUCUGACCAACCCAGUGGAGAACGUCACCCACGUCACACUGGUUUCUUGUGACGAGGACGAUCCCGAUGACAUCAACAGUACUGCAGAGGUCAUCGUGCCUCGCAAGGAGCUGGUGUUGGCAGGGAAGGAUGCCGCUGCUGAGUAUGACGAAUUGGCCGAACCGCAGGACUUCCAGGAUGACCCGGACAUUGUUGCCUUCAGAAAAUCCAACAAGAUUGGUUUCUUCAUCAAAGUGAUCCCACGCAAAGAGGAUGACGCCGAUGUGACCGUUACAUUUAAGAUCCGGCACGACUUUCGGGACCUCGCCGCUCCCGUCAGGCCGAGCGAGGAGGGGGGCACUGACGCCGCCGCCAAGGCAAUUUGGCUGACGCACCACGUCGAGCUGAGUCUCGGGCCGCUUGUCCCCUGAACGCCCGCAAACUUUCAAACCUAACGUUUCAAACUAUUUCUUAUUUCAGGCGUCUGUAACCCCUCUCUUGACCAUUUCUUUAUUUUGCAGUUUUGACCUUCGAUGAAUUACAAGAUGCAGUUCAGCCUAUAUUACUAGACGAGUACAAACAGAUAAGAGCAUCAUGUCCAAUUAGAAUUCAGUAGUCCCGUACUCUAAAAUGUCAGUAUCAUGGGGGACUCGUAGUUGACUGCACCGUCUUCGCUGCUGCAAUAUUUUCCCCUCAACCCCUCCCUUCAAGCUUAUUUUGUAUUCUAGUUCAAAGCAGCCGUUUGUCCUGAAGCUCUUUGCAGUUAUGAUGAAAUGCAUAAAA